AUGACCGAACAUAAACAAACUGCCAUUUUAUCAGUUUAUGACAAAACUGGUUUGUUAGAUCUUGCAAAGGGUUUAGUUGACGCAAAUGUUCGUAUUUUAGCUUCAGGAGGUACUGCAAAAUUAGUAAGAGAAGCUGGUUUUCCUGUCGAAGAUGUUUCAUCAAUUACUCAUGCACCAGAAAUGUUAGGUGGUAGAGUUAAAACUUUACAUCCAGCUGUUCAUGGAGGUAUUUUAGCAAGAAACUUAGAUAGUGAUGAAAAAGAUUUAGAAGCUCAGGGAAUUGAGAAAGUUGAUUAUGUUGUCUGUAAUUUAUACCCUUUCAAAGAAACAGUAUCAAAAAUCGCAGUUACAGUUGACGAAGCAAUUGAAGAAAUUGAUAUUGGUGGAGUUACAUUAUUAAGAGCCGCUGCUAAAAAUCAUCAAAGAGUUACUAUUUUAUCUGAUCCUAAAGAUUAUUCAAAUUUUUUAAAAGAAUUAAAACAAGGUAAAAUUAGUACUGAAACUAGAAAUAGAUUAGCAUUAAAAGCUUUUGAACAUACUGCUGAUUAUGAUGUUGCUAUUUCAGAUUUUUUCAGAAAACAAUAUGCUGAAGAUGUUUCACAAUUACCAUUAAGAUAUGGUGCUAAUCCGCAUCAAAAACCAGCUCAAGCCUUUGUUUCACAAGGUGAUUUACCAUUCAAAGUUUUAAAUGGAUCUCCAGGGUAUAUUAAUUUAUUAGAUGCUUUAAAUUCAUGGCCAUUAGUUAAAGAAUUGUCAGCUUCGUUAAAUUUGCCUGCUGCAGCAUCUUUCAAACAUGUUUCACCAGCCGGAGCUGCUGUUGGUUUACCUUUAUCAGAUGUUGAGAAGAAAAUUUAUUUUGUUGAAGAUAUCGAAAAUUUAUCACCAUUAGCUAAUGCUUAUGCAAGAGCUAGAGGUGCUGAUAGAAUGUCUUCAUUUGGUGACUUCAUUGCAUUGUCAAAUAUUGUUGAUAAACCAACUGCACAAAUCAUUUCAAAAGAAGUUUCUGACGGUGUUAUUGCUCCAGGUUAUUCAGAUGAAGCUUUGGAGCUUUUGAAGAAAAAGAAAGGUGGUAAAUAUUGUAUAUUGCAAAUUGAUCCAAAUUUCACACCAGAAAAUUUGGAGAAUAGACAAGUUUAUGGUGUUACUUUACAACAAAAAAGAAAUGAUGCUAUCAUAAAAGGAUCAUCAUUUAAAGAAGUGGUUUCCAAAAAUAAAGAUUUAACUGAGCAAGGUGUUAUCGAUUUGACAAUUGCUACAAUUGCAUUAAAAUAUACACAAUCAAAUUCAGUUUGUUACGCCAAGAAUGGUAUGGUCAUUGGUUUAGGUGCUGGACAGCAAUCAAGAAUUCAUUGUACAAGACUUGCAGGUGACAAAGCUGAUAAUUGGUGGUUAAGACAACAUCCAAGAGUUUUAGGUUUUAAAUGGGCAAAAGGAGUCAAAAGACCAGAAAAGUCAAAUGCAAUUGAUUUAUAUGUAUCAAAUCAAAUCCCAACUGAUGAACCAGAAAAAUCAGAAUAUGAAUCAAAAUUUGAAGAAGUUCCAAAACCUUUAACUGCAGAAGAAAGAAAAGAAUGGAUAAAUAAAUUAAAUAAUGUUGCUUUAUCAUCCGAUGCAUUUUUCCCAUUCCCAGAUAAUGUUUAUAGAGCAGCAAGAUCUGGUGUCAAAUUUAUUGCUGCUCCAAGUGGUUCAGUAAUGGAUAAAGCAGUAUUUAAUGCUGCUGAUGCUAAUGACAUUGUUUAUGUUGAAAACCCAAUUCGUUUAUUCCAUCAUUAA